AUGAUACUGCUGUUUCUUCCUCACUAUUUGCAGAAUGGACAUAUAAGGAAGCGUACAGUCUAACACAAUUCUAGGGAAAUGGACAGCACUCUUUUCCACCAGUGCGGACCUAACCGUUAAAUGCAGGUUACUGAGGUUUAUAAUAUUGUGCGUUUCAUUUUUGUUUGUUCAGGUUGUUUUUACACUAGAAAAUAAUUAUUUAUCUGAUUUAAUUGUUCUAUCGGAUUAAUGAACUGUUUUUUUCAGUAGAAUAGUUUUUAAUGAUAACAUGCCCGUUUUCUGUUGUGGUAACCUCGAAAUGUUAGUGUAGUAGAGCAAAAUGCAAAUUAUACAUCCAGUGUUAUCUGGCCCGCUGCCCAGGAAUAACAGUGAUUUCAAGUGAAAAUCUACAAGUGUGGCGAAACCGUCCAUUGUUUUCGUUCUGUGCUGUUUGUCCCCUUUUCACAUCUGCAGAAAUAAAUACAUUGUUUAGUCUCAAAUAUCUGACUAAAAGUCAACCUGAUUCGCGUGCCAGUGCCACGCACAGCGAGGGAAAUCUCCGCGAGGUAGUGGAAUACAAAGUGCGUUUGUGCCGGAGGCUGAAUCUCUCCUCAAGUGAGCGCUGAGCGAAUGCCGCUCCCUCCUCCGAUGCGGAGUUGGUCGCUGUCCGUUGCCCUGGUGGUGCUGAAAUUUGGAUGAUGCCUAGCCAGCGACUACAAGGCUGCCGCUCCCUACACAUAAAUGAAGACAACGGCCGCUUUCUGCUCCUUGCCAUCCUGAUCGUGUUGUACCUGCUGUGUGGCGCCGCAGUGUUCUCCGCCAUCGAGAGACCCUCGGAGGUACAAGCCCACGGCCGCUGGAAUCGGACACUGUACAACUUCAGCGAGACGUUCAACAUUAGCCUGCAGGAUCUGAACUCCUUUCUGCGCGAUUAUGAAGCUGCGAUCGCCACCGGGAUCAGAGCCGAUUCUUUAAGACCGCGAUGGGACUUUACUGGAGCAUUCUACUUUGUCGGAACUGUUGUUUCAACUAUUGGUUUCGGGAUGACCACCCCGGCGACGGUGGCAGGGAAGGUUUUCCUCAUCUUCUACGGCAUGCUGGGCUGCGCGGGCACCAUCCUGUUCUUUAACCUGUUCCUGGAGCGCAUCAUCACCCUGCUGGCCGUGGUGAUGAGGGCGGUGCAGGAGCGGCGUCUCCGGCGCAGCGGCCUCUUCCCGCCGGGCCUCCGCCGCGACUUCGCCGAGUCCUGCCUGCCGGGCUGGAAGCCCUCCGUCUACCACGUGAUGCUGAUCCUGGGCCUGGCGUCCAUCGUGCUGUCCUGCUGCGCCUCGGCCAUGUACACGCCCGUGGAGGGCUGGGCCUACAUGGACUCGCUCUACUACUGCUUCGUCACCUUCAGCACCAUCGGCUUCGGCGACCUGGUGAGCAGCCAGGGAGCCGCCUACGAGAACCAGGGCCUGUACCGGCUGGCCAACUUCCUGUUCAUCCUGUCGGGCGUGUGCUGCAUCUACUCGCUCUUCAACGUCAUCUCCAUCGUCAUCAAGCAGGUGCUCAACUGGAUGCUGGGGAAGAUGAACUGCCUGUGCUGCCAGCGGUGCCACAGGGCCAACGCCUUCCUGGGGCGGCGGAACGCCAUCCGGCCCGGCGCCCGCGUGCGGCAGGCCCGCUUUGCCCGCCCGCCCGACUCGGACGGGCCCUACGAUAGCGACACGGACGGCCGCCGCCUCUCCGGCGAGAUGAUCUCCAUGCGGGACCUCACGGCCUCCAACAAGGUCUCCCUGGCCAUCAUGCAGAAGCAGCUCUCCGAGACGGCCAACGGGUACCCCAGGACGGUGGGCAGCAGCUCACGGCAAAACGGGUUUUCGGGGGGCGUGGGGGCCCUUGGCAUCAUGAACAACCGGCUGGCAGAGACCAGCGACAGCAGGUAGAACCUGCUGAGGCUGAGGCAGAUCGAGAGGGAGAGAGAGAGAGAGAGAGAGAGAUGAAAGCAGAUAGGGUGAUGGAAAGGACAGAGGAUGGGGAUUUCACAAACAUGAGCACGGAAGAGGAUUUGUGGGAGGAGAGAUGUAAAGAAAGCACAACAAUGGAUAACUAACCGACACACAAGGCAAAAUACAGUACUACAGGCUUCCGAUCUGGGUCAGUUCGUGGGUGUGUCUUUUUCCUUCUUACCCAUUUUUUUUCACGACUUGUGCUUGUGUUUUUGUAUUUCCCUGAAUGGAGCCUGUCAGCCUCAUGACGACUUUACAGUGGAUUUACAGAUCGGCUGCAGUGAUUCCUGGGUUUUGGUGGCACCAUACCGGGACUGAAGCACCUGCUUUCAUAACUUGGGCAAAAAGCCUGAGUCCUGCUGUUGGGAUGCCCCACGGCGGUACACAGGAAGUCACGGCGCCCUUAUUUCUCGAAGUCCUUGAUAUCAAAGUCACAGGAACACAUUCUCAGUACUGCGCACCAGCUUUCACAGCUGUGUUCCUGAGCUGUUUAGCCUGCUUGACAAAUCAAGAUCAACAUUUUGAGCAUGGUAGUGCUCCAGAUCUCUCAGUGUAAAAUCCAAGGGUUAGGAAUAUUAUAUUGCUUUAAUUUAAUUUUGGGAGAAAAAAAAUAAGGUAUCUUGUUUGUUAUUUUUUAGGAUUUUCAUGUGGAGUUGAAAUUUGAGGAAAACUGAGACGUUUUUAUUGCAAAGUUAACCAUAUAGCACACUCCUUUUAAUACUAUGCAUUGCCUUUUUUAAAUUGGAGAACAGUAAUUGCUCUUUAAGUUGAUGAAUGAUUUCAGAUAUAUUCUGUGAAUGUCAUGCCUUGAAAAUGAAUUAAAGGUCAGAUAUAUAACCGAUUGAAGGUAAUCAUGUCAGUUGCACACGAUGGCAUGAACAGGCAAAAGGUCUGUGGAUCGUACUGGACUGUCCCACCAAAACCUUGACAGACAUUAAUGGAGGUGAUCUGUAGUUAUUUCAGAAUGUGAUGUAAAAUCUGUCACUUCAAGUAGCCAUUUUCCUGGCUUUUUGCAUAAUUGUUUUCACUAAAAAGACAAAACUGAGCUCUUCAGAAUUAUGUAAAUUCUCAUGCAGUGAUGCCAAUGGGAGUCCAAUUCUGAGCUACAACAUAUUGAGAGCAUAUUGAAAUAUAUAUUGAACAUUUCUUGUUCUUACAGGCUGUUUGUACAAAUUCCAAAAUAAAUUUGAAUAGUAAAUAAAUUAAAAUAGUAAAAUCUUUUUCAAAAAACACAAUUUGAAUGCAGAUUGUACAGAAAGAUAUUUGACUAAAGAAUUACUCUGUGUAUUCUCUGAUGUCCAGAGACCGCUGGCUGACGUAGAAUUUUUCAUUUUUUGAGUGCCCUCUGCAGACAGAUUCACAAUACCCUGAAGACUUUUAUGCAACUAGCCCAUUUGGUGAAAAUUUAUGGCUAAAAGCUUUGAGCCUUCAGAGAUAGAGAUGGGUGUGGAUACUAAAUCUGAAAAACUGGUCUCUCUUUUUUUGGAGAAGCAGUAAAAGAUAAGGAGGAAGAGGGGGAGAAUGAUACUGAGUCAGGGGUACGGAGAAUCGGAGAGGGAGAGUUUAGAGUCCAUGUCUUGCAAGAGUAUGAAUACUAGUCUUGUUAACUCAAAACACAAGCCCCGUUGGGAGGGCGAUUUACAGCCUUUCUGCGGUCAGCGUGCUGUGUAACCCUCCGCCUCCUUGCGAUCCUGCUAAGUCGCUUAUUAAAAAGCCAAAAUAAACAUAGCAGAGGAAAAGAAAGGGUCAUAAAUGGAUGAGCCAGUGCAGAAGGCGGGAGGCAUUUGCAGACCUCCUUGGCAGUUGAAUGACUAGCGCACGGAGGCCGCUGUUACAGGUGGAGGGGUGCAGAGCGAAAGGGAGAGGGGGAUUAAUUGCUACAUGCACAGUUGGUUUGUGAGGCGAAAAUAGGAAGAUAAGCCAGGGUAAUCAAGCAGAAACAUUACGUGUGGAGCAUGGAGAAUUGUGGCGUCUGGUCGGAAAAAUAAACGAGGAAAAUGCGUUUGUAAAAUUUUCCAUUGUAAUGAGGAUUUUUCUUUAUUGAAGUGUCAGUUUUUAUGGCUCAGCCUCACAGGUUUGACAGCAUAAUAACAGAAGCUCAUUGUUGAUUACCAGGGCUCUGUGUUGCUAGGUCCGGGGGAUGCCUACACGGGGGUUGUUUUUGAGCUGUUCUAACACGGUUUUAUGUUGGAACCCCCCCCAACCCCACACACACCCCAUUGUCUCAUAUUGUGAGGAAGGGUGUUUUUUUCCUGAAAGGAUUGCAGUGCACAUGGACAGAAAAAGGGAGAGUGUGAAUGUGAUAAAUGCAAGAGAGGGAUAGAGAGAGAAUGCAAGGGAAGGAUAGAGAGAGAGAGAGAGAGAGAGAGAGACAGAGAGGAAGAGAAGGAGAGAGAAGGGGAGACAGGAAUGUCACAGAAUUGGAAGACAUUUUUUGUUUUUGUCAAGAAAGGAAAUCAGGCAGCAGGAGAUGAGCAGGCUAGUCACGCGAUAAAUAGAGAGAAGGAGAGACAGAUAGAACGCAGGAGAGAGAGAAGGAGAGGCAGAACGAGUUCUAAGGCAGUAAGAGUUCUGUAUGUGACUCCCAUUUGAGCAGAGCUCUUGUGGGCCUCAGCAGUGGGACCAAGAUGCAGAUCCCGGCCAAUCCAGUCGCUCGCUCUCCCGUCCCCCUGGUCUUCCCACGUCCGCCAGCACUCUGACUCCUCCGCAUUCAGCAUGCAUCGCUCUUCCACACCGUAAUCCCAGAAUGCACUGCAGCGCUCCCUUCUCUCUGCAGUCAUCAAACCCAAAGCCUUGUAUAUAACCAACGUCAUUGUAUAUAACAGCCAAGCAUCGCUAAAGGGGUUCCAAAAUUAGAUCGAAUUUAAGAAUAAAAGUUUUCAGAUAGGCUGUACCUUUCAUUUCCUGUUCUUGCUAAAAAGGAAGAAAGAAAAAACCCACAACUCAGGUAGUUGAAACUUCAGGCUUGAUAUAGUUUCAUGCAUGCUGUUAUUGUAAAGCCAUACAAGAUAUAUAUGUGUAUAUACAACUGAGAUAUCUUCUAGGUAUAUUUUUCUAUAUAUAAAUGUUAAAGAAGAGACAAAAAUGACUGAAAAGGCAUGAUCACUUUAUGUUCUAUAAGGGAAGAUGAAUGCUACUCUGUUACAAUGUACUGUAGUUGUGAACUCCUGAGGCUAAUGAAUGGCUGAUGGGAUUUCAUCCUAACUGAGAUGCCCUGCAAUGUCAUUACAUGGUGCUGUGAACAACAAUUGGGGAGAAAAAAAAU